AUGGCUAAAGCAUGGAUGUGCAUUUGCUUCCUCAUCACCUUCUACCUCUCGUCAGAAAGAAACUUUAUCAAAGUCAACGCAGAGAUGAAGACAUGGUGUGUGGCUAAACCAUCUUCGGAUCAAGCAGCACUACUUGAUAACAUAAACUUCGCAUGUUCUCAUGUGGAUUGUCGCGUUCUUUCGAGUGGAUGUCCAUGUUACUCCCCCGGUAAUCUCAUAAACCAUGCUUCUGUCGCCAUGAAUCUUUAUUACCAAGCUAAUGGAAGAAACUAUUGGAACUGCAAUUUCAAGAACUCUGGACUCAUUGUCAUAACUAACCCCAGCUAUGGAAACUGCUACUACGAUUACAAAUGAGCAAAAAAAACAUAAGACUUUAUUACAAGAAAUCAAAGGAGCAUGUUACGAGUUUUAAUCUAAAUAUCCAGAGUUUCAAUUUUUUGAUAUUCCAAGUGUUAAAUGUUUAGUUUUUUUUUUUUUUGAACCUAUGUUAUUAGUUCUUGAAACUUUAUCAGCACUUAAUUAAAAGGUC